GCUUUCGUAUAGCCCUAAUUUUGUUCUUCCAUCGCGCGAGGCGAAAUCGAGAGCGCUUGAUCGAGCGAGGAUGGUGUGCGACAAGUGCGUCAAGAAAUUGGGCAAGGUCGUGGUUCCAGACAAAUGGAAGGACGGCGCGAGCAACACAAUCCAAAGCGGCGGCCAGAAGAUCAAUGAGAACAAGCUGCUAUCCAAGAAGCACAGAUGGACGCCCUAUGGAACAACAAAAUGUGUCAUUUGCAAGCAGCAGCUCCACCAGGACGCAAAGUACUGCCAGUCGUGUUCCUACAAGAAAGGAGUGUGUGCUAUGUGCGGGAAGCAAAUUCUCGACACAUCCAUCUACAAGCAGAGCAAUGUUUGAGUAACUCCACUGUACAGUAAGUCCUGUUCUUCGAUAUUUUCACGAGUGGUUUAUCCACCUGUGUUAAUAGUAGCUACCUUGAAAGUUCAUUU